CCUUCCACAUCACCAUCGCGACGAUAAUAUGGACAAGGCCACUAAAGUAUUGGCGCAAGGCGUGCCUCCUGGCGUGCCUAGAUCAUAACGUGCUCAGGUGCAAUUGGCCCAUGGCCAAAGUCGGCUUUUCUGCAGUGGCUCGAUCUCUCUGCUGCGCCACAACCACGCACCACCAUGGAGCGAAGCCAGCUGAGCCCCAAACUGACUGCGAUGCCGUGCCCUCUUCUUACCAUCCGUUUUUCAAAGAAGUUCAAUUCCUGACUCUACGACUUAGUAGUCUUCUUCCUACGUUAUUCGGGUUCUGAUGCUCACCGCUGCGUCCAAUCUUCGCGGGACCGCCCUUAUGAUGCUCGCUCUCGACAAUGCGUCUUUUGCGAGUUGACGAGAACGGCGAAUUCAGCCUGACCAAGGACAUUAUCGACAAUAUUCCUCGUUAUGCGAUCCUCUCUCAUACUUGGGGUGAUGACGAUGAUGAGGUUAGCUUCCAAGACCUGACCAAAAGCCCUAGGAGGACAAAAGCCGGAUACGGAAAGCUUCGCUUCUGUGCACAGCAAGCUGCGCGCGAUGGUCUGCAAUACUUCUGGGUGGAUACCUGUUGUAUCGACAAAUCGAACAAUACUGAGCUUUCGGAAGCCAUUAAUUCGAUGUUUCGUUGGUAUACCAAAGCGGCAAAAUGCUAUGCGUACUUGUCAGAUGUUCGGACAAACGAUCAUGAUCAGAGCAACCCGUCUUUGCAGUCGUGGGAGCCAGCUUUUCGCAACAGCCGAUGGUUCACCCGAGGCUGGACAUUGCAAGAGCUUCUUGCUCCAUCGUCGGUUGAAUUCUUUUGCUCAAAGGGCAAUCAACUCGGCGACAAGAGGUCGCUGGAACAACAAAUUCACCACAUAACAGGAAUCGCGGUUCAGGCUCUUGAAGGCACUCCUCUAUCUGAAUUUAGCGUCAAUGAACGGAUGUCAUGGGCGAAGACUCGUCAGACUAAGCGUGAAGAGGAUAAGGCAUAUUCUUUGCUAGGCAUCUUCGAAAUCUAUAUGCCGCUUAUCUAUGGCGAGGGGGCCGCGAGUGCAUUCAAGCGGCUUUACGAGGAAAUCGGCAAGAACUCGAGUCCUAGACAAGAUCCUACCCUCCUCGAUCGCCUACCCUAUGCCGUCGAAUCGCCUUUCAACUCGUACGCAAAGCAAUAUGAGCCCAUUUGCCUCCCCAAUACCCGCGUCGAUCUCCUCAAAGACAUAUAUAUCUGGGCUACUGGGCAAGACGAGCGAUCAAUCUUCUGGCUUAAUGGCUUGGCUGGCACUGGCAAGUCCACGGUUGCACGAACGGUUGCACGUAAUUUCCUUAACAAGAAUUAUCUUGGAGCCAGCUUUUUCUUCUCACGAGGUGGCGGAGACGUGAGCCAUGCCGGCAAGUUCGUAACGAGUAUUGCGGUACAACUUGCAAUUAGCAUACCUACUCUACGCCAGUACGUUAGCCAUGCCGUCACGGAACACAAUGACAUCGUGAACCGAUCUCUCCGCGACCAGUGGCAUAAGCUUGUGCUCGGUCCGUUAUCGAAGUUGGACGGCAACGGCUGCCAAUCAUUGUGCGUUCUUGUGGUUGAUGCGCUUGAUGAGUGCGAUAACGAAAAUGACAUAAGGACUAUCUUGCACCUCUUGGUCGAGGUUCGAUCGUUGGAGGGGGUACGGCUACGAGUGUUUCUAACGAGCAGGCCCGAGAUCCCAAUUCGGCAUGGAUUCUGCCAGAUACCGGAUAAGGGAUACCAAGACUUUGUACUCCAUAACAUAUCGCCGUCAAUUAUUGACCACGAUAUCACUAUCUUCCUCGAAUAUAAUCUUAAAUUCAUUCGAUCGGAACGCUCUUUGGAUGCCAGUUGGCCGGGGGAAGAGGCUAUUAGGCGUUUAGUUCAGUCUGCGAGCGGUUUGUUUAUCUGGGCUGCAACAGCCUGUCGAUUUAUCCGUGAAGGUAAACGACAUGCAGCUCGACGGCUUGAUACGAUCCUUAGGAGCGGUAGCAGCGCUGGCACUGUUACGGCACCGGAAAAGCAUCUCAACGAGAUCUAUACUACUAUCCUUAAGCAUUCUGUUCCUUCCGAAUACACAGAUGAGGAGAAAGGAGAGUCUUAUCGCAUGCUGAGACAGGUACUUGGAAGCAUUAUUAUACUCUUCACAACGCUUUCUACCUGCUCCCUAAGCAGGCUACUGUGCGUUCCCCAGGAUGACUUAGAUCAGACGGUAGAGGAUCUGCACUCUAUCCUGGAUAUUCAGAAGGACAAAACCCAGCCCCUUCGUCUCCACCAUCCUUCAUUUCGGGACUUCCUCUUGAAUAAUAACAGGUGCCAGGAACCAAAUCUAUGGGUCGACGAGAAGCAAGCACAUCGGAUACUAGCCGAAGACUGUAUAAGGCUUAUGUUAACUGCUCUAAAGCAAGAUAUGUGUGGCUUGGGCGCACCCGGUAAACUUGCAACCGACGUCGAUACUAGUCGAGUAAAACGGUGUCUCCCGCUAGAGCUCCAGUAUGCAUGCCUCUACUGGAUCCCGCAUCUUCAGCAGAGCUCUCCUCGGCUUUGCGACGAUGACCAAGUACACUCGUUUUUGCGAGAGCAUUUCCUUUACUGGCUUGAAGCUAUUGGAUGGAUGGGGAAGGUUUCGGAAGGGAUUCACGCCAUCGCUUCUCUAGAGUCGUUAGCUCCCUUUAGUCAGUGCCCCCGUCUCUCAACUUUCGUCCACGACGCGAAGCGGUUCGUCCUCUAUAACAGGUCAGUAAUUGAGCAAGCUCCCCUCCAGACAUACUGCAGCGCCCUUGUAUUUUCACCGACGGCGAGCGUAAUAAGGAAGCAGUUCAAGGACAAGAUACCUAGGUGGAUACGAAGAUUACCAGAGGUUGAAAGCAACUGGAACGCGUUAUUACAGACGCUCGAGGGCCAUUCGAGCUCGGUUAUCGCCGUGGCCUUCUCGCCGGACGGCAAGCUGCUGGCGUCGGCAUCGCAGGACAAGACCGUCAAGCUGUGGGACGCCGGCACGGGAGCGCAGCUGCAGACGCUCAAGGGCCAUUCGGACACUGUCUGGUCAGUAGCUUUCUCGCCAGAUGGCAAGCUGGUGGCGUCGGGCUCGGCCGACAAGACAGUUAGGCUCUGGGUCUCGGCGACGGGAGCGGCGCGCAGCACGCUCGAAGGCCAUUCCAUGGUAUUCUCGCCAGACGGCAUGCUCGUUGCGUCCCGAUCCGGGGACGUGGUUAGGCUCUGGGAAUCGACGACGGGAACAGCGUACAGCACGCUCGUGGGCCAUUUAGAUUGGGUCGCCUCCGUGGUAUUCUCGCCGGACGGCCAGCUCAUCGCGUCUGCAUCAUAUGACAAGACGGUCAGGCUCUGGGAUACCAGAACGGGAGCGUCGCUGCAGACGCUCAAGGGCCAUUCGGAUACUGUCUGGUCAGUAGCUUUCUCGCCAGAUGGCAAGCUGGUGGCGUCGGGCUCGGCCGACAAGACAGUCAGGCUCUGGGUCUCGGCGACAGGAGCAGCGCGCGGCAUGCUUGAGGGCCAUUCGAAUUCUGUUAGCGUCGUCGCAUUCUCGCCAGACGGCCAGCUUGUCGCGUCCGUAUCCAUGGACGAGGAUUUAACGUACGAGGACAACGUGGUCAGGCUUUGGGACUCGGUAACGGGAGCGCUGCACGGCAUGCUCGAGGGCCAUAUGGGACAGGUCAACGACAUUAUUUUCUCGCGAGACGGCCAACUCGUCGCGUCCGCUUCUUCGGAUAAGACGAUUAUACUCUGGAACUCGGCGACAGUAGCGCUGCGCGGCACGCUCGAGGGCCAUUCGGGUUUCGUUAAUGCAGUCGCAUUCUCGCCAGACAGCCAGCUCGUCGCGUCCGCAUCUGAGGACGGGACGGUCAGACUCUGGGAUUCCGCGACGGGAACACCGGACAGCCAGCUCGUCGCAUCUUCAUCUGACAACGAGGGCCAUCGAGAUUGUAUCACCGACGUGACACUCUUGCCGAAUAGCGAGCUCGUCGCGUCCUAUGACGAGGGCCAUUGGGAUACGGUCACCGCCGUGACAUUCUCACCGGACGGCAAGUUCGUCGCGUCCGCAUCUGAGGACCGUACGGUCAGGCUCUGGGACUUGGCAACGGGAGCGGAGCGUAGCACGUUCGAGUCCUAUAAAGUGGCAUUCUCGCCGGACGCCCAGCUCGUCCUAUUCUCACCUAAGGAAGCCGCUCUCACUCUCUGGGACUCGGCGACGGGAGAGGCCCGCUGCACACUCAAGGCCGGUCCGGGUACGGCCCAUGACGUUGUAUUCUCCCCGGACGGCCAGAUUGUCGCGUCUAGAUCUAAUAGUAACACGGUCAGCCUCUGGGACUGGACGACAGGAACGCUGCGCGGCACACUCAAGAGCUAUUGGAGUUUAGUCCCUGUAGACCCAUUCUCGCCGGACAGCCAUCUCGUAGUCGGAAUAGUUCCUGCAGUCACAUUCUCGCCCGAUAGCCGUCUCGUCGCUUCCAAACUUAGUUAUGAUACGGUCAUGCUCUAUGAUUCGGCGACGAGAACGGUGUGCGGCACGCUCAAGGGCCAUUUAAUGGUCACCGCCGUGGCAUUCUCGCCGGACGGCAAGCUCGUCGCGUCCGUAUCUCAGGACGGCACGGUCAGGCUCUGGGACUUGGCGACGGGAGCGGUACGCGGAGCGCCCGAGGACCAUUCACCCCCUGCCAAAGCCGUCGCAUUCUCGCCGGACGGCCAGCUCGUCGCAUCCGCUCAUGAUAAGACGAUCAUGUUCUGGGACUCGACGACAGGAGGGCCGCGCGGCAAGCUCGACGCUGGCGUAGCGAUUCAAGAUCUAUCUUUCUCUAGUGAUGGGAUAUACCUAGAAACAGAUUGGGGACUACUAAAUAUUAGAUCUCUUUUCCCUAGCGCCAUUCCUCUCCAGUCAAAGCCUUUGUGCUAUAUAUUUGUGAAAGAGCAUUGGGUGACUCAAGAAAUGGAAAACAUCCUUUGGCUUCCUUCUGAUUAUCGAGCUACGUGUGCAGCUGUCCGAAAUAACCUUCUUGUCUUAGGACAUGCGUCUGGUCGUGUUACGUUUUUCGAAUUUGACGCAGCCAGUCUACCUCCUAGGGGGUCUAUUCAUACAUAGAAAUGGUUGAUUAAUAGCAGUGAAUCCAAGUAUGGUUAGUUAGGCGCUUUAAUCAAGAGUUUUUAUGACUCCAUCUAGUGAAAAUCGUA